AUGCUAAGCCCAAAGAUCCAGCGGUCAGUUCGUGUGAACGAUGGUCAGCUGUUAGCCCUGUCUGAUAGGGCGCAGUAUGAUCACUCACAGACUGGCUAUCUUCACAAACGGAGCUCUGACAACACAAAAUGGCAGCUAAGAUGGUUCAUUCUGUAUCAGAACAUGUUGUUCUACUACGAGUCGGAGAACAACACGCGGCCCACUGGCGUGCUGAUGCUGGAGGGCUCCUACUGCGAGCGACUCAGCAAGGCGCCCAUGGAGAGGAAUGCUUCUUUCUGCUUCGUGAUAUCGUAUCGCCGUGAGAGCCAGCGGCAGUAUGAAUUGAGAGCUGCUUCCGAAGUGGAUUGCGUGCAUUGGGUCGACGCCAUUCGAGAAGCCAGUUUUAACAAACUACUCCUGCAAAAAGAGGAGUUGGAACAGAAGCAGCUGCACCUCCUGCAGGUGGUGGAGAGUGAGAGGACAUCGAGGUGGCAGUAUGCACAGCAAUGUGACGAGCUUGCUAGCGAGGUCAAGAAACUGAGGACUGAGUUGUGCACAUACAAGAAGGAACAUGAGCCGGCAACCCGCGCAGCUUCCACCUCCAGCUCUUCACCCAGCCAUUCGCCAGAAAUUGACCCAGCCGAGCUCAGGAAGAUUAAGAAAGUUCAGAGUUUCUUCCGCGGUUGGCUAUGCCGUCGUCGCUGGAAGCAGAUCGUGGACGAGUACAUCAAGAGUCCUCAUGCUGAGAGCAUGCGCAAACGGAACAGCCUGGUCUUCAAGAUGGUGGAGGCUGAAGAAGAAUAUCUUGAGCAGAUGGAAAUAUUGGUAACCUGUUUCCUCCGACCCUUCAAAAUGGCGGCCAGCUCCAAGAAGCCGCCCUGCACCCACGAGGACGUGAACUCCAUCUUCUUGAACAGCGAGACAGUGCUGUUCCUUCAUCAGAUAUUCUUCAAAGGUCUCACCUCGAGGAUGGAAUCCUGGCCCACGUUGGUCUUAGGAGACCUAUUCGACAUGCUCCUCCCGAUGCUGACCAUCUACCAGGAGUACGUGAGGAACCACCACUACUCCCUCCAAGUCCUGACGGAGUGCAAGCAGAGUCAGCCAUUUGCACAACUCCUGGCGAGGCUGGAAAGUAAACCUGCUUGUCAAAGCCGGUCACUGGAGACGUUCUUGACUUAUCCGAUGCAUCAGAUCCCGCGCUACAUCAUAACGCUGCACGAGCUGCUGGCGCACACGCCGCACGACCACGUGGAGCGCCGCAGUCUGCAGCACGCGCGCGCCCAGCUCGAGGAACUCUCGCGGCAGAUGCACGACGAGGUCAGUGAAACGGAGAACUUGCGAAAGAACUUGGCCGUGGAGCGCAUGAUCAUCGAAGGCUGUGACAUUCUACUCGAUGUCAAUCAAGUCUUCAUACGCCAAGGAACGUUAUCCCAGGUAGUGGGCAAGGGCCGCCGCGCCACGCUGCAGGCGCGGCAGGCGUUCCUGUUCAGCAACCACCUGCUGCUGACGACGCUGCUCAUCGAGGACCCCGCUAACCAUGACGAUGAUGACACAACGUCCGUCUGUUCUUCGCCUGGUGGUGACAUCUACCAGGGCAAAGACUUCAAGAUUCUGGUCGAAGUCAAAGGAGAACAAAUUUGUGCUCAUUUGGUCGCUGGGAGCGUGGAGGAGAAAGCAGGUUGGACAAGCGAGCUGGCGCAGUGCAUGGAGAGUGCCGCCCUGACGGAGUUGCUCCGAGCUUGCGGCGCGUGCGGGGCCGCGUCGGCCAGCCUGCCCGCCUGCCGCUCGGACCGCGCGCUCUUCACGGACGACGUCGACAUUCGGUUCAGCAGGACUCUCAACUCCUGCAAGGUGCCGCAGAUUAGAUCUGCCACGCCACAACGGUUGCUGCAGAGGCUUACAGAUCUUCGAUUCCUAUCGGUGGAUUUCCUAAACACGUUCCUGCUGACGUAUCGUGUCUUCACCGAUGGUGUGACUGUACUGGAGGCUCUGAAGCAAGUCUUCUACGAACAGUCACAGCAGGAGAUGGAACUGGCGCCACCACCAGACGCAACAAGGAAGACCAGCGCUGCAAGCUCUGUUUCUGGGUACGGGUCGGAAUACAGCGACCGGGACUGGCAGUCCAGAUUCUGGCGCGCUUCGAGAAAAAGUGAAGAUGAAGAUAAGCUGUCUCCUUACUUGACGGCUCCAUCACGAAGAACUUCUACGGCUAGUAAGACUGAGGAGGAUAACAGUCAUUUGACGAUACCAAAAAUAAUGGCCACGUCGUCAAGUAAUGAGACGUUGAAAGGUACCUCACCAUCUUCACCAGGUGCGAUAAGCUCCGUCACCUUAGUAGGAAGUCCAAAGAAGGCCAGCCCUGUCCAAGAACCGACUCCUAAGAAGAAACCAGCUCCCAAAGACAAUGACGCAGCUGCAGCUCUCAUGAAAGAUGAGAGCAUAGAAAUGGUAGACCAAAGUGAUGAAGAUGUAAAAUAUAAAGAGGAAGAACAAGAGAAGAAUAAAAAGAAACCAGAUGAUAAGUUUAAAAUAUCACAAAGAUUCUCAGAGCGUGUGCGUACCAUGUCGGAGUCCCCUCGACGUCUGCAGCCGUCUUCGGCAGCUUCCGAAGCUAGGCGCAGGUCGGACAGCGCCAGGGAGACUGCUGAGUCUGCUACUGCAGAGGAACCGAGGAGGGCAUCUGAUUCUGGCACUAGAUUUGCUGCUAGAAGAUCUGUGAGCGAGCGCCGGUACACCAACUCAUCGAUCAACAGCGAGCGCCGCAGGUAUUGGGGUGGUUCCGAGCCGAGAUCCUCUGUCACUUCUCAAGUAUCCCAUGCUCAGAAUUAUCGACGUGAGACAAGCCAACCGAAAGCGGGCGUUGUGAUCACAUCGUUCAGGCAAUCUCAUCGGAGCUUUGGAAAAGACCUGUUGUGGAGUAGCACGUCUACUGCAGCGGUGGCUUUUGCUGUAGCUACAUCAGCUUCAUCUAACCCAAGAUCUCCACCACCAAAUUCACCACCAGCUACUAGACGGGACUCUGUUAUAUCUACUGCUGCGACCAUGAGAGUCCUCAACGUUUUGAGACACUGGAUUUCUAAACAUUCUCACGAUUUCUGGUCUGAUGAGCGUCUUCGGGGUCUGACAAUGGAUUUCCUGAAAGAAAUCGAAAGUAGCCCUGGAUUAUUACCGGCUGAACAUAAGGCUGCAGCUCAGCUGUUGCGGCUGUUAGAAAGAGCUCCAGAAAGAACAGUGGAUUUGAAGGCGCUGUUUAUACCACCUCACGUGCCAACAAAAGAGAGCGUAGAGACGCUAUCUGCCCUGGAAAUAGCAGAACAAAUGACGUAUUUGGACUACCAAAUCUUUAGUUCGAUUAACAGCGAGGAGUUCUUAGGACAAGCUUGGACGAAAGCAGACAAAGCCGAAAGGGCACCUCAUAUCCUCAUGAUGACGUCACAUUUCAAUCACAUCUCCAACUUGGUGAUCUCUGAAAUUCUAAAGAAGUAUACUUUGGCUGGUCGUGUAGCAGCUAUAGAGAAAUGGGCAGCAGUGGCAGACAUAGCUCGUUGUCUGCACAACUUUAAUGGAGUGCUGCAAGUAUGCGCAGCUCUGUCCAACACCUCGGUCUACAGAUUGAAGAAGACUUGGGAGAAAGUCUCCAAGACUAGUAAACAAACUAUAGAGCGUAUGCAGACCAUUAUAUCUUCGGAAUGCCGAUUUAGGAUUUUACGAGACGCUUUGCACAGAUGUGAUCCUCCUUGCAUUCCAUACUUGGGAAUGUAUCUCUCCGAUUUGUCCUUCAUCGAAGAAGGAACCACGAACUACACACCUGAUGGACUACUGAACUUCUCUAAGAUGAGAAUGAUAGCACACGUGAUCCGAGAAAUACGAAACUUUCAGCAAACCCCAUACAAGAUUGAUCACAUACCAAAAGUAUGUGACUUCCUACUGGACAACUCGCUGGUGAUCCCUGAGGAGCGGCAGUACACGCUGAGCUUGGAGCUGGAGCCGCGCGUGUCGCGCGGGUCGGGCGCGGGGCUGCCAGCGGGCGCGUCGCCGGGCUCCUAG